AUGUAUUCAUCUAAAAAACAGAAAGAAAGUGAACCAAUCUUUAAAGGCUAUUUUAAAGAUAAUAGUGAUGAAGAUAAUGAUGAUAAGAUAAAAAGAAAACAAACUUUAAUUAUGAAUGUUUAAGGUAAUUCUAAAUUAUACAAAGAGAUACUAAAUAUGAUGUUGUAAAAUUUGUUGGUAAGAAAAUAUUCAAAUGGAUAUUAUAAUAUGAAAUAGAGGGAAAUACAUGGGAUGUAUUUUGGACAGAUACAGCAAUUUAAUCAGAAACUUUAGGAAAAAUGCAACGUUUAUAUUAUAAAAUAUAUUUUGAUAGCACAUUAAAAAAUAAAUCAUUUUCCAGGGAUGUUCUCUCUUGCUCGUAAAAAUCAUUUAGGAAGAAAUCUUAUGAAAAUGAGAAAACAAUUUCCUUUUGAUUAUAAGUUUUUUCCAUAGACAUGGUUAUUACCAGCUGAAUAUGGAGAUUUCAGAAAUUAAUUUAUUAAAGGUAAAGCAAGAACUUUUAUUGUUAAACCAGAAGCAAGUUGUUAAGGAAGAGGAAUAUUUUUAACUAGAAACAUUAAUGAUAUAGAUCCAAAUGAUCAUUAUGUUGCAUAAAGAUAUUUACAUCGUCCAUUUUUAAUAGAUGGAUUAAAAUUUGAUUUAAGAGUAUAUGUUCUAUUAGCAGGUACAGAUCCUAUGAGAAUAUAUGUUUAUUAAGAUGGUUUAGUAAGAUUUGCUACUGAACCAUAUGUAGCACCUUGUAAUAAUAAUCUUGAUGAUAUUUGUAUGCAUUUAACAAAUUAUGCUAUCAAUAAAGAAAAUCCUAAUUUCAUAUUCAAUAAUGAUGCAUCUAAAAUGAAUGUUGGACAUAAGAGAUCUAUUAAAUCUGUUUUUGAUAAAUUAGAAGAAGAUGGAUAUAAUAUUCAAAAAUUAUGGUAAGAUAUGUAUCAAUUAUUUAUUAAAACAUUUUGUACUGUUUAACCUAUUCUAAAUCAUCAUUACAAAUCUUGUCAACCAGAUAAUUAUGCUAAUAACAUGUGUUUUGAAAUUUUAGGUUUUGAUAUUUUUCUUAAUCAUAAACUUUAACCUUUCUUAUUGGAAGUAAAUCAUACUCCCAGUUUUAGUACUGAUACACCAUUAGAUUCUCUUAUUAAGAAAAAUCUUAUUAGAGAUACUCUUAUAUUGAUGAAUGUUAAUCUUAAAGCUAAAGAAUAAAUCAUUUUCUCUAGAAAAGAAUAAUUAAAAUAAAGAGUUUUAACUGGCAAAAAACUUAAACUUACUUAAGAAGAAAAAUAAACACUUAUCUUCAAAUUCUAAAAAAUUAGGGAUGAAUAUGAGAAUCAUAAUCUAGGUGAUUUCAUUAAAAUUUAUCCUUUAUAAGAUUCUGGAGAGUAUACUCGAUUUAUAUAAUUUGCAUCUUAAUUAUAAGAUAAUUGGACAGGAGCAAGUAAUUAUUUAUAAAAGUAAUAAAAGAUAUUAAAAAGAAUUAAAAGAAAGAGAUUAAUGAUAUACUUACUAAUAAUAUAUCAAACAAUAAAAAUAUUGGUAAAUCUAUAAAUUAUUCUUAUUCUCCAUAAAUGCUUCCUAAAAUUAAAAAUCGAUCAAUCAGAAUCAAUCAAUCUGGAUAUCAAAAUGAAGAACCAGAAAACUAAUACUUCCAAAAUUAAGCUAUCAUUUAGAAUCAAAUCAAAAGAUAGGUAUACAUAUCAUAAAUAUUUAGUAAUAAUUAAAUAUGAAAGAAGCUUAACAAUAAUAAUCAUAAUCUAAGUCAUAUUUAUAAUAAAAAUUAUUUGAUUUAGAUAGCUUAAGUAAUUAAAAUCAACCUUGUUGCUCUUCUAAUAAAAAACUAAACUUAUUUAAACAUCAACAAAUAUGA